CCAAAAAGUCAAGGACACUUUGGACUUUUCCGAGUGCUGUACCUUCUUUUCUUCCAUACUCAGUGUCUCUUUUACCAAGAGAAGUCCUAAUGUGGCUCCUAUCUACGCAGAAUUUGGAGAAAACAUUUCGCCGUCCGAGAUUUGCGGAAGUGACCUUCGGUGACCCGUUGUCCCAGCAGGUGCAUGCUGGGAUGUAAAUAGAACGAUUCAAGUUUUUCGUCGAAAAAUAAUACAUCGGGAUUCCUCUCUAUUUCAUACCCAGCUAACUAACUCCAAAGUUGCAGUUUUCAAUCUGAAAAGCUCGUCAAGAACGGAUCUGACGAGACUGUGCUGUAGAGCGUCCAUUGCCAUGGUAACGGGGCGGUUCAGACGCGGUAUCUAGGGGAGGGGAACGAACAUGGCGGCCCAUUGAAACAACAGUGAAGAUUGACAGGUGCUAUAUUAGGGGUGAUAAUCACUCCCGACGGCUUUUGUUUGUCGAAUUAUUGUGGUCCAAAACACUUGUGUACAUGUUCAACCUCCGGAUAGAAUUGAACGACUUCGGAAAGAGAGAGACGGCUGCUGUUUCGAGCUCUUUCCGGCGCUCAAGGAGUCUUAAGAAAUAAAGACUCGAAAAGUGAAAGUUUUGGCGGAUCUUAUAUCUUCAAGUCGCCUGUGGCAUUUUCUCAACUUCGCGACCACCUAGUCUGCAGACAUGAGCAGCCACUGGCGGAGGAGUAUGGGGGCCCGGACCCCGAGUCCUCCCGGCAAGAAGAUGGCCAAAGUCACCCCAACCCGGCGGCCCAGCAGCGCCAUGAGCUGGAGCGGACGGCCUUCCAGUCCGCUGAGGAAAAGUCCCACGCCUCGCGAUCAUGUCGGCUACAAACCCAAGUCAGUGAUCCUGCACCCCGAGGCGUACACCACAGACAGGAUGAUGACACUGAAGAGUGCCUACACACCCAUCGUGCACAGACCGUCCAAUCAUACGAUAUUCAAAGAGAGAAAAGACCUCAUUUGCAACUGGUUCGACGUGUGGACAGAUGCCCAGCGGAAGAAGUUCCUCGCCACCAUCCUGCUGAAAUGCACGCGCUCCCAGCUUCUCUUCAUCCGAGACUGGUUCGUGCAGGAGGUUCCCGUGGAGAGAAUGGACUUCACCACCGUCCUGCCGCGAUUCCUCUCCAUGUAUAUCUUCUCGUUUCUGGACCCUCGCAGCAUGUGUCGAGCUGCAGGCGUGUCCUGGCACUGGAAGUUUCUUACAGAACAGGACCCCCUGUGGAUCCCCAAGUGUGUAAAGUACGGCUGGUUCCUGCCUUACACCCCCAGUGAAAGGGAGUAUGGCUGUUGGAAGUACCACUACAUCGCCUGUACCAAAACACUGGACACUGUGGUCAAGAAUAAACCUUCGGACAACUACAACAGUUUUGGGUUCGGUGUGUCAGAAGAUGCCAGGGAGAAAGAGAUACAGAAGGACAACGAGAAGGCAAAAAGGAGAAAAACAAGGAAAUAUCUGCCAUCAGGAGGGCACUUCAAGGAAAAAGUUACCAUUCGUCCCCCCUGGGCCCCCACCGACCCCAAACCUAGGGAGUAUGAGGAAGCCUAUAAGGCCUUCCUGGCAGAGUAUAACCCCAAUGACCCCGACAGGGCGACCAAAGCGACACUCUACACAGAUAAGUUUGGGAUCCCACGCCAUAGUAGGUCCAAGACGGCACCGUCCAAGUUUGAAUAUGGUUUACAGUCAUCAUGGAGGAAACAGAGGCACAGAGCUGUUACUUCCGGAGAGGAGCUUGACCUUAGAAGAGAGUCCCAGGCCAUGACCUUGACUGAGAGCGUACAUAUGGAGAACUACAAUGAUACAGGGGGUUCUAUAGAACAGGACUGGGAACCACCCAGCACCAAGGAGAUGCACAAGAGCCUGUUCAGAAAGGACCUGUCUGGAGGAGGGCCAUACCCAGCGGUGUACAAGGGUGGGACAGACCUGGUCCCCCUGGGUAAGAACUACCCCGGCCACGCUAACCCACGGGUCGUCUUCAUCUCAUCCCGGAUCCCAGCUGCAGAGGUGUUGGUAGAUGCUGUGCUGUUUGGCUGUAUCCCCAUCGUGUAUGAGUUUGAGGGGACGACUCUGGUGUCUCUGUAUGAGAGGCUGGAGGAGGCACUGCAGGGGCGGCAUGCCAAGAGUAUCGGCCUGUUUGUGGAUGGGGAGCCAGGAGAGGCAAAUCUGGUCAAAGGUAAGAUCUUGAGAAACACCUGCCAAUGUCAGUUGGUGUUUGAUGUUCUGGACUUGGGAGACCUGAAGAGAUUCCAGGACGUUAUUUACACCAUCCGGGAGGGGCUGGUGGCCAUGCAGGUGGAUGAGAUCACCAAACCGCUGGAGUUUCUGGGCAGAUAUCUGCUGGACCGUGCAAGUGGUAAGACGACGGUGCACCCCACCGCGGGCAGGGCUCUGGAGGGAGGAGGAGAUGCUACAGACACCGUUGGCAUGGAAACGCUCAGUUUGACCAACAGACCUGAGAAGGUUGAAAAUGACACGAUGUUGCAGUCGGCAUUCAAACCUGUGAGCACAGUAGCCCUGCAGGACCAUCCUGACAAGAGGACCCAGGUCGCUCACGAGCUCCUGUCCAGCGAGGUCAGGUACUGCAAGCUUCUGCAGGCCAUGAGGGACGUGUUCGUGAUCCCGCUCAGAAAUGCUCUCUCUUCUAACAAAGCCAUCAUCAGUGCACCCAACAUCCAAGACAUCUUUGGGAAUGCCUUGCAACUCCUUGAACUGUCUAAGGAGCUGGUAGAGGAUGUGAAGGGGAGGAUCUCAGAAUGGGGACCUCACCAGUGUCUGGGAGACGUCUUCUUCAAGUUCACCAUCAAGCUAAAGGCUUAUUCCAACUACUUCAACAACUAUGAGCAAUCCCUUAGGUGUAUAGAGAAGUGCAUAGAGCAGACGCCUGGUUUCCGCACCUUUGCGCGGCGCUACAGCAAGACUCCGCAGAUGAAGAUGCUGUCUCUGCAGGAGGUUCUGCUGGCCCCGACGCGCCGCAUCACGGAGUACAUCACGCUGCUCUGGGAGCUCCACCACAAAACCACGCCCGACCAUCCCGACAGGGAGGACAUCACCUCCGCUAUAGCCAACUUCAGGAAACUGGAGGAAUACGUCAAGGAGCUGAAGGUAAAGUCGGAGCGCGACCGUCGGCUGAUCGCCCUGCAGAAGCGGAUCCUGCGCUGCCCGAUGCUGCUCGAGGCAAACCGGUUCCUCAUCCGGGAGGAGGUCUUCGCUCACCUGAUACCCGCCAAGGACGAGGUGCAGCCGGAACUCAGGAUCUACCACCACGUCCAGAACCUUGGGUUCUUCCUCUUCAAUGAUGCGCUCGUGGUCACCGUCUUCACCACCAAGCACUUUCCCUUCGAGCGCUGCAUCCAGGAGAACCACAACUUCUUUGCUAGCAUCUCGCUGAACCGCAUCCAGGUCAGCGACAUCCCGGACUCCAAGUUCGUGAGAAACGCUUUCAAGAUGGUGACACCGAAGAGGAAAUGGGUCUGUGCGGCGGAAACGUACGAACUGAAGUUCAGCUGGAUAACUGCCCUGCAGGAUGCAAUACAGGCUGCUAUUGAGUUGGAAUAGAAUUUCAACCCAGACAUUUUUUCUAGAAAAGUAUAUUCUUUCUUUUUUU